CCUUCAUUCAAUUCCCAGCCCUUUCCAGCCUCAAGCACUCCUCCCAAGCCUCGCAUUUCCCACACAACGCACAGCCAGCGACCGCACAGAGCCUCGUUGUCCCCGUUGCUGGGCUCCGAACUUCAUCCCACGUGGGAGGAAGCCACCAUAUAAAGACAUCCCAUCCUGGAAGUGAACAUACAUUCCCUCUUUUUCCGUCACUCUCGCAACAUCGCGACGCUCAUUCGGACUAAGCCUUUACCCCCUCGAACAUCAAUACACUAAAAGCGACUGGACAAUGACCCUCCUGGAUCAUAUAAAGAACUUGACCGUCAAGGAACCAGAAACGUCGCGUAAGCGCAAGCUGUACAAAACGAAAUGCGUGAUCGGAGAAGGCACCUUCGGCAUCGUCAGGGAAGCGACGUUCACACCCACAGGUCGGCAGGUAGCCCUCAAGUCAAUACGAAAGAGGGGGCAUGACUCUCCCGAGGAAGUUGCGGCCGCGGUGCAUAGGGAGAUGGCCGUGCUGCAGCAACUUCGCCAUCCGAAUAUCAUUGCGCUUUUGGACUGGUUUGAGACGAAGGAGAAGUACUAUCUCGUCUUCGAACUAGCAACCGGCGGCGAGCUCUACGACCGAAUAGCCAAACGCGGCAAAUUUACAGAACGGGAUGCCGUGCGAAUCAUUUUCACGAUACUACAUGCGGUCCAAUUCCUGCAUGACAAAGGGAUCGUCCAUAGGGAUCUGAAGCCGGAGAACCUGCUGUACAGGACGAUGGACGAGGACGCUGACCUCGUGAUUGCGGAUUUUGGCGUCGCUAACUUUGUGAAUGGGAACGAGUUGCUAAGUACCCUUUGUGGGAGUCCGAUGUAUGCUGCUCCCGAAGUCAUCAAACGCGUCGGACAUGGGAAGCCUGCAGAUAUCUGGAGCAUAGGAGUCAUUACAUACUGUCUCUUAGCGGGGUAUCCGCCGUUCGACUAUGCCGAGGAUAUGGCGGACCUGCUGGAUGCCAUUACGCAUGCAAAGUACGAGUUUGAUACGCCGUAUUGGAGCGCGAUCUCAGAGCAAGCUAAAGAUUUCGUCCGAACUCUACUGAGGGUGAAACCAGAAGAUCGACCUUCAGCGGAAAAGGCGAUGAUCCACCCUUGGCUCUGCCAACACUCCCAACGAGCCCGUGACGCCCGCGACGCACUAGCAGCCGGCAAACCCGUCCCUCCUACCGUCCAAAUAAUCGAACCCGCGAAAGAAAAGAAGGACGUUACAAUAGCCGCAUCCACCGCACCGCCACCAACCGCCUCCAAACUCCCACCACCCACCACCCGCGAAGAAGAAGAGCUCCCCAACCUCGUCGACCACGUAUGGUCCGCCCACAGCAAUAGUCUGUUCAACGCGCGGGGGAAGUUACUGUCGGUUUUCAAGACGGUGCAGGCGAUGCGGAGGAUGGAGCUGGAGAGCGCGAGGAAGGGGAGCGAGGAUAGGUCAGCGACUUCGAGUUGUGAGUCGUUGCCGGCUACGCCGGUGGAGUGAGCGUCUGCCGUUCCACGAAGUCAUUGUACCGGCGCUUUCGUCAAUUCCCCACUCUGAAAGCUCCAACAGAGCUUGCAUUUCUGACAAUGCCCACAAAUCCGAUGCCGCAUAUCAUCACCGCCACAGAGAUGGGGAUUGCAAAGCCGAGUGGCAAGGAGUAGUGCAGAACGAUUUGUAUAUAGGUGUCGCGAGGAACUUCUAUGAGAACGCGUGUACUAUGGGUCGAUGAUGUACCCGAGUGCGCCA